AAAGUGGCAGGCUGCGGUGGAAGCAGGUGGAGCCAGGGCAAGGCCAAUGCUGCUGCACCCCCAGGAAGGGGCUGUGAGCUCCAAGCAUCCUUUCCUGCAGCUGCUGCCCAGCCUGCCAGCCAGACCCUCUGGAGAAGCCCCCGCUCCCUGUCAUGGGCCCCUGCCGUGGCGCCCUGCACCCCCUGUCUCUCCUGGUGCAGGCUGCCGCGCUAGCCCUGGCCCUGGCCCAGGGCACCCUGCCUGCCUUCCUGCCCUGUGAGCUCCAGCCCCAUGGCCUGGUGAACUGCAACUGGCUGUUCCUCAAGUCCGUGCCCCGCUUCUCGGCAGCUGCACCCCGCGGUAACGUCACCAGCCUUUCCUUGUACUCCAACCGCAUCCACCACCUCCAUGACUAUGACUUUGUCCACUUCGUCCACCUGCGGCGUCUCAAUCUCAAGUGGAACUGCCCGCCCGCCAGCCUCAGCCCCAUGCACUUUCCCUGUCACAUGACCAUUGAGCCCAACACCUUCCUGGCUGUGCCCACCCUAGAGGACCUGAAUCUGAGCUAUAACAGCAUCACGACUGUGCCCGCCCUGCCCAGUUCGCUUGUGUCCCUGUCCCUGAGCCGCACCAACAUCCUGGUGCUGGACCCUGCCACCCUGGCAGGCCUUUAUGCCCUGCGCUUCCUGUUCCUGGAUGGCAACUGCUACUACAAGAACCCCUGCCAGCAGGCCCUGCAGGUGGCCCCAGGUGCCCUCCUGGGCCUGGGCAACCUCACACACCUGUCACUCAAGUACAACAACCUCACCGUGGUGCCGCGGGGCCUGCCCCCCAGCCUGGAGUACCUGCUCUUGUCCUACAACCACAUCAUCACCCUGGCACCUGAGGACCUGGCCAAUCUGACUGCCCUGCGUGUCCUCGAUGUGGGUGGGAACUGUCGCCGCUGUGACCAUGCCCGUAACCCCUGCAGGGAGUGCCCCAAGGGCUUCCCCCAGCUGCACCCCAACACCUUCGGCCACCUGAGCCACCUCGAAGGCCUGGUGUUGAGGGACAGCUCUCUCUACAGCCUGGACCCCAGGUGGUUCCAUGGCCUGGGCAACCUCAUGGUGCUGGACCUGAGUGAGAACUUCCUGUAUGACUGCAUCACCAAAACCAAAGCCUUCUACGGCCUGGCCCGGCUGCGCAGACUCAACCUGUCCUUCAAUUAUCAUAAGAAGGUGUCCUUUGCCCACCUGCAUCUGGCAUCCUCCUUCGGGAGCCUACUGUCCCUGCAGGAGCUGGACAUACAUGGCAUCUUCUUCCGCUCGCUCAGCGAGACCACGCUCCAGUCGCUGGCCCACCUGCCCAUGCUCCAGCGUCUGCAUCUGCAGUUGAACUUUAUCAGCCAGGCCCAGCUCAGCAUCUUCGGCGCCUUCCCUGGCCUGCGGUACGUGGACUUGUCAGACAACCGCAUCAGUGGAGCUGCAGAGCCCGCGGCUGCCACAGGGGAGGUAGAGGCGGACUGUGGGGAGAGAGUCUGGCCACAGUCCCGGGACCUUGCUCUGGGCACACUGGGCACCCCCGGCUCAGAGGCCUUCAUGCCGAGCUGCAGGACCCUCAACUUCACCUUGGACCUGUCUCGGAACAACCUAGUGACUGUUCAGCCGGAGAUGUUUGUCCGGCUGGCGCGCCUCCAGUGCCUGGGCCUGAGCCACAACAGCAUCUCGCAGGCGGUCAAUGGCUCGCAGUUCGUGCCUCUGAGCAACCUGCGGGUGCUGGACCUGUCCCAUAACAAGCUGGACCUGUACCACGGGCGCUCGUUCACGGAGCUGCCGCGGCUGGAGGCCUUGGACCUCAGCUACAACAGCCAGCCCUUCAGCAUGCGGGGCGUGGGCCACAAUCUCAGCUUUGUGGCACAGCUGCCAGCCCUGCGCUACCUCAGCCUGGCGCACAAUGGCAUCCACAGCCGCGUGUCCCAGCAGCUCCGCAGCGCCUCGCUCCGGGCCCUGGACUUCAGUGGCAAUACCCUGAGCCAGAUGUGGGCCGAGGGAGACCUCUAUCUCCGCUUCUUCCAAGGCCUGAGAAGCCUGGUUCAGCUGGACCUGUCCCAGAAUCGCCUGCAUACCCUCCUGCCACGCAACCUGGACAACCUCCCCAAGAGCCUGCGGCUCCUGCGGCUCCGUGACAAUUACCUGGCUUUCUUCAACUGGAGCAGCCUGGCCCUCCUACCCAAGCUGGAAGCCCUGGACCUGGCGGGAAACCAGCUGAAGGCCCUGAGCAAUGGCAGCUUGCCCAACGGCACCCAGCUCCAGAGGCUGGACCUCAGCGGCAACAGCAUCGGCUUCGUGGUCCCCGGCUUUUUUGCCCUGGCCGUGAGGCUUCGAGAGCUCAACCUCAGCGCCAACGCCCUCAAGACGGUGGAGCCCUCCUGGUUUGGUUCCCUGGCGGGUGCCCUGAAAGUCCUAGACGUGACCGCCAACCCCUUGCAUUGCGCUUGCGGCGCAACCUUCGUGGACUUCUUGCUGGAGGUGCAGGCUGCGGUGCCCGGCCUGCCUAGCCGUGUCAAGUGCGGCAGCCCGGGCCAGCUCCAGGGCCGCAGCAUCUUCGCACAGGACCUGCGCCUCUGCCUGGACGAAGCGCUCUCCUGGGUCUGUUUCAGCCUCUCGCUGCUGGCUGUGGCCCUGAGCCUGGCUGUGCCCAUGCUGCACCAGCUCUGUGGCUGGGACCUCUGGUACUGCUUCCACCUGUGCCUGGCCUGGCUGCCCCGGCGGGGGCGGCGGCGGGGUGUGGAUGCCCUGGCCUACGACGCCUUCGUGGUCUUCGACAAGGCGCAGAGCUCGGUGGCGGACUGGGUGUACAAUGAGCUGCGGGUACAGCUAGAGGAGCGCCGUGGGCGCCGGGCGCUACGCCUGUGUCUGGAGGAACGUGACUGGGUACCCGGCAAAACCCUCUUCGAGAACCUCUGGGCCUCAGUUUACAGCAGCCGCAAGACGCUGUUUGUGCUGGCCCGCACGGACAGAGUCAGCGGCCUCCUGCGUGCCAGCUUCCUGCUGGCCCAACAGCGCCUGCUGGAGGACCGCAAGGACGUCGUGGUGCUGGUGAUCCUGUGCCCCGACGCCCACCACUCCCGCUAUGUGCGGCUGCGCCAGCGCCUCUGCCGCCAGAGUGUCCUCCUCUGGCCCCACCAGCCCAGUGGCCAGCGCAGCUUCUGGGCCCAGCUGGGCACGGCCCUGACCAGGGACAACCGCCACUUCUACAACCAGAACUUCUGCCGGGGCCCCACGACAGCCUGAUAGGCAGACAGCCCAGCACCCCGCGCCCCUACACCCUGCCUGUCUGUCUGGGAUGCCCGACCUGCUGGCUCUACACCGCCGCUCUGUCUCCCCUACACCCAGCCCUGGCAUAAAGCGACCGCUCAAUAAAUGCUGCUGGUAGACCAAA